AUGGCAUCGAUACUCCCCUCCCCAGGGCCUUCCAGCUCCUCGCUAGCUGGACAACGCAACAUUGCCCAACGUCCCCUAGCAGCUUCCUCAUCCAAUCUCAAGCCAGCUCCUUCCACCUCCAAGUCGCAAUCAUCACGACUUGCGCCCACCGCACCAGCACCACCCUCUCCAUCGAAUGUGAAGCCAGCACCUCUUGCACCUGUCCUGUCCGCAUCUCCAUCUGCCUCGUCAUCAUCCCCCACCAGCACCGCUUCCAUCGCCAAAAAGGACAGCACCGGUCCUCUUGUCCAGCCUUCCAAAGAAUGGGUCCUUCCCGCACGAGCCAAACCCGGUCGCAAGCCAUCCGAAACGGAGCCUCUCACCAAACGUAAAGCUCAGAACCGUGCCUCUCAACGGGCCUUCCGCGAGCGCAAACAGUCGUAUCUCGCUGAUCUUGAAGCCAAAGUUGCUGCUUACGAGGCAGCUGAGAUCGAUCGCAGUGUCGAGAUCCAGAGAGUUGCGCAGAAGCUGAGAGUCGAGAAUGAGGCUUUGCGCAAAGAAGUCGGCAGCUGGAAGGAGAAGUUCAUGCAGUUGGAGAGGUUCUUGUUACAAGCAAAGGCGAACGGCAGUAAGCUGCCCGGUAUGGUCCUUACUCCUAGUGUGAAGAGUGGACCCGGAUGCAAAGCACCUGCACAUGAACGAGCUGCACCAAAGAAGGGCGUACUUGUGGUGCCAGGUGGAAAGGAUGGCAAGGCGAAGGAGAAGAGCAGCGGCGCGGUUAGGUUUGCUGAUGCUGUGCAGCCUAGCACGAAGAUACAGGAGGAUGCUGUGAUGGAGAGCAAGCAGUCUUCGGCGGCUGUUUCGCUGCCGUUGCGACGCAGACCAUUGCACUCUAACCCGACGACACCCAUCGAUGCGACACCGCCUGUCGAGCCUGUCGCCGAUGCUCCUGUUCCCGCUGUUGCGAAGCCACUCACAGCGCGCAAAGAGCCCAAGCCUCCUCUGUGGUCCUUCGAGACUCCAAAAACGUCCUCACCACCUGCACCUCCUUCCAUCACUACUACUACUGCGUCUGUAGCAGACAAACCAGCUUCUCUGCUUUCACCAUCGCUCCUGCCGGAUGGUGGUCACCUCUCCAUCGGCGGCGGAUGUGGGUUCUGCACUGAAGCCUCACCAUGCGUCUGUGCAGAUGACUUUCUCGAUUUUCCUUCCACAGCCACCUCUUCUCAACCAUCUCACAUUGCCGUGCCUAGCGAUGUCCCUUCCGCACUCCCUCUCCCCAAGCGCACCUCCGCUGCUUCCUCAUCCUCAAGCACAUCAGAAUCCUCCCGCCGAAUGUCAAUCGGCUCUCUUACCCACGCAAACGACAUUGCUCUUUCCCACCGUAAACGGUCCAGCAAGCUCUGGUACACCGUCGCUCAACCCUCUCCUCCUUCGCCGCCUCGUUCCCUCUCUCUUUCGAUCAGGUCAAAGAGCACAGGUGGGAAGAAACUCUGGUCUCUCACCGAACCCGCUCCCUUUCCCGACGAACCAGUCUGUACAGGUGAUCCAAGCACAUGUGGCGCAUGUUCGACCGACCCCGGUCUAGCUGCUUUCUGCGAAGCCGUCACCACAGCCACUUCUACCACCACAGCCACUUCUACCACUCCAGCCACUUCACCAACGCGACCUGUCAUGAUGCCUUCUGGCACCCUUCCCAUCUCUUCCACCUCUCCGUACUCCACAGCCUCCCUCAGAGGCGAGACCAUCCCCUCGGCCUGGCGCCAGAUACGAUCGCACCCACGCUUCUCACAGUGGCAAGGCGGGCUAGACCUGCUGGCAGAGGUGGUCAGCAAGAGGAGCGGCAACGUCAAAUCCCCCAUGCUUCCUCAUGUCGCCGUGGGAGAGAAGAGAGGCAGGGAAGCAAGUGUAGAGAUCGAGCCAAGUAGGAACGGUGCUGCAGUUGCGACGAGUAACGAUAGAGCCACUUCCAAACCUGUUCUCCUUCACACAGCUAGCGAGGGAAUCGUUCAUGCUUUGCCUACAAGGGCGAAGCAGGAGGAAGGAGAGGAAGAGGAGAGGGAAGAAAAGAGGAGAAGGAUCGUCAUCGAUCGAGAAGCAGUGCAGGAAGCGUUGGCGUUGCUGGAUGCUGGUACGGCAGCUCAGCCAAGAUCAAGUAGUGCGAAAGAGGAACAGCCUUGUCCUUGUCCCUGGAGGCCUGGUGAUAAGCGCUCUUCUCCGCCCUGA